AUGGCUAGCCUACGGCCAUUCACUGGAGUGCUUACUCGGCUGGCCGCGCGCCAACUCCGGGCUUCAUCCGCUACCCUCGGCCUCUCCUCCAUCCAAACGAGACUGCACUCGUCCAAGCACCCAAAGGGCUUCGAGCCGCCGACCACCGAGGAGCUUGAAGAGCUGCGCGAGCGCGUGCAGGAUUUCACGCGCCGCGAGAUCACUGAGGCAGUCGCCGCGCACACCGACAAGUCCGAUGCCUUCCCUAAUGAGAUGUGGCCCAAGCUAGGGGAAGCGGGCUUCCUGGGUGUCACGGUGGACGGGGAUGUUGGUGGCCUGGGCAUGGGCUACCAGGCACACUGCGUUGUUAUGGAGGAGAUAUCACGGGCCUCGGGCUCCAUUGGUCUGAGCUACGCGGUACACUCGCACGUCUGCGUGAACCAGCUCCAGCUCAACGGCACGCCUGAGCAAAAGCAAAAGCACCUCCCAGGCCUUGUCGCGGGCACGAGCAUCGGCGCACUGGCCAUGUCCGAGUCCGGCUCCGGCAGCGACGUCGUCAGUAUGCGGACGACGGCCAAGGCGGUCGACGGCGGCUACCUCAUCAAGGGGUCCAAGAUGUGGAUCACAAACGGUCCCGACGCCGACCUCAUCGUCGUAUACGCCAAGACGCAACCCGACGCUGGCUCCAAGGGAAUCACGGCCUUCCUGGUCGGGACCAAGACCGAGGGCGUUAGCUGCACCCGCAAGCUCGACAAGAUGGGCAUGCGCGGCAGCAACACAGGCGAGCUCGUGUUCGACAACGUCUUCAUCCCGGCCGAGAACGUCCUGAGUACGGUCAACGGCGGCGUGCACAUGCUGAUGGAGGGGCUUGACUUGGAGCGCCUCGUCUUCUCCGCUGGUCCCCUGGGUAUCAUGCAGGCGGCCUUUGAUGUCGCGGCGCCAUUCUCUCACCAGCGCAAGCAAUUUGGACAGCCCAUCGCGCACAACCAGCUCAUCCAAGGCAAGCUGGCUGACAUGUACACCAAGUUGCAGGCUUCGAGGGCGUACACGUACACCACGGCCAAGCGCCUGGACGAGCAGGGAGUCAUUCGCACACAAGACUGCGCAGGCUCGAUUCUGUACGCGGCCGAGCGGGCGACCGAGUGCUCCCUCGAUUGCAUCCAGCUGCUGGGCGGCAUGGGCUACGUGGAGGAGAUGCCAGCAUCACGACUGUUGCGAGACGCCAAGCUAUACGAGAUCGGAGCCGGCACGUCGGAAAUUAGGCGCAUAGUCAUUGGCCGUGCGUUCAACAAGGAGUAUGCCAACGCGUAA